AUGGAUAAUGGCGACUUUAGUGGAGAGAUGGUUUGGGGUUGCAAACCUAAGCCAUGCUGGGGGGUUCCGCGUGGUGAGCUUGAGUUCAAGGGUGCUUUCGAUGAGGCUUCUAAUAAUCUUAUUAGAGCCGGAGGGAAGUUUGCUGCGUUGAUUCAACUUUAUGACGGAGCGCUCAAGGGUGCUCGGAGCGGAGUUGAUCAAAUUAAAGCCGAUUUGUUUGAUAACUUUGAUGGUGAUGCGGCUGCAGUUAGGUUUCGAGAAGAAAAGAUUGCUUUUGAAAAGAAGAUAGAAGCUCUCAAAGGCGAGGUUGCGAAGGUGUCUGGCCUUGAGGUUGAAAAUAAUCAACUUCGGGACAAAAUUACGCAACUGGAGGAUAAAGCCUGUCGGGACAUGGAAAAUUCGAUUGCCGAGAUGGCUCGUCUUCGCAAGUCUCGGAAGAAGUGGGCUGAGUUGACGGCUGCUCAGUUGGAGAAGGCGGUGAUUAGGAUUCAAGUCGACGAGGCUCUUCUUUCCUAUGUCAGGAAAAUAAAGGGGGUCGAGCAGGAUUUUGAUGCGGUGGAGAAGAUGCUUGCGGCCCGGUUGCGGGAGAGUAAGGCCGCCGGAGACUUGGUUGAGGAUGACGAAGUUGAAGCUGAUGACUAUGCUCCGCCCCUAAGUCCACGGGUGCUGCGUUUAAGUGCAUCCGAGCGUUGGGCCAGAACGUCGAUAGUGUUGCGUUAUUUCGGAAUUAUGCUUUGCGUGGUGCUUGCGUUGCUGAUGUCUUCGGUAGGAGCUCAGUUACCAGCUGAAGGCAGAAGUCGUUACUUCUGGGAUUCCUUGCCGAGACGGGAACCUUCCGAAGAGAAAAGGAGUUAUAGCCAAAAGAGUGAAGGCUGCUCCAGACAGCUAUAUCGAGAAUCAGCGCCCGAACGCGCAGUCCGGCUGGCCGAGGAACGAAUGUUCCGCGCUCGGCCAAAACCGUAUUCCGUCCGACUGAAGUCUCGGCCAAAGUCCAAACCACUCGGCCGAUCACACAGCACGACCCGGGAAACAUGCCCGCGGUCGGCCAAGCUUCAACGCUUCACGCCACUCCGCGCACGACCAACGCGCGCGAGCCGGGAAACAAAGCCUCGCGGCCGCGCAACCCGUUCCGCGUACCACGGCCGAUGCAUCCGUCCGAGCCGGGAAAGAACGUCCCACGUCCGGCCGAGAAACCAUCGGCCAAAUCCAUCCGUCCGACCGCCGACCGACCAUGAAACAUCCGGCCCGACCGUUCCGACUCGGCCAAAGACCCGACUGUCCGGCCGACCGUCCCGACGACCGUCCGAACGCCGCGGUCGACCCGAAGCCGUUUUUGAAGCCCAAUCCGCACAAUUCAAGCCCAAAGCCGGCGCCGACCUAGCUAGAUUAGGUUUAGCCGCUUCUUAUACUUAG